ACUACUCUACCUCUCGGGCUCUGCUCUUCUCGUCUUCCUCUUCCUCUCCGCUACGCAGCCGCGGCGCAAGUGCUUCCUCUCCACGCCAUCACCGACCCACCACCGCGCGCAUCCGUUCCCGUCCCUAUCCGCCGCCGGAGCCCUAGAUAGAUACCGCGUCGCGGCCAUGCUGGAGGAGCCGCUCGCCGCCGUGCUCCGCGGAGACGGGAGGUAAUAAGGGAGGGGAGGGGGAGGGGUUCCCGAUCGGCGGGGAGCUGGGGUGGGGGCAUGAGGGCGCCGCAGGAGCGCACCGUCAGGGAUCUCUACGAUCGCACGCGACACAAGGAUCUCGCGCUCCCCGAGGAAUCAGUGGAGGGGCGUGGCAGUGGACGACGGGUGGAGGGGCCGGGGCAUCGGGAAGUGGUCGCCAAGAUGGAGGACAAGCUUACAGCAAGAAAAAGACCAGUACCACUCGACAGUCCUAAUGUGAAGACAGAAUCUGGCACUUGUAAUGUCUGUUGUGCUCCUUGCUCCUCGUGCCUACACCGAAAUAUUGCACUCACGGAUUCAAAUAUGGACUGUGGAUCAUCUCAAACAUGCUUUGCAAGGUCAGAAACAAAAAACAGUUCGUUUGUUCGUGUUGAUAAAGGGCUCCGUACCAAGGCUAAGGGGGGAGAAAAUGACGAUGAAUUCAGUGCUACUUCAAGCCCUGCUUCCUAUUCUGAAAAUGGUGAAAAUAAAGUCAUCGCAAGAUCAUCUGUUGCAGCAGAUUCCGAGGUUGACAAGCCAGCAAAACGUAGAAGGCUAGUAAAUCACGGUUCUAGAUCACCUAUAGUAGAAUGCCAUGAUGAUAGCAACUCAUGUGUUACUGGAGUAUCAGCAGCAAGCAAGCUUCUGUUAGACAAGAAAAAGGAUAAACUAUCUACAUCAGCAUCAAGUCGUGACCUUACUGUUAACUAUAAGGACAAUGGCAUUAACAGACUAAGAAACUACUGCGCCGAAGAAUCUACAGGAAAGAAGAGAUCUGAUGUUCAUGCCAUGCACCGAAGUUCAUCUGAUAGAUCAUUGCCUGCCGAGUCUCCUUUUGCAACCAAGAGGUUGCUGCGUACCCAAUCCUCUCUCAGUGCAUCACAUGGAUUAUCUCCUAAGAGACCAACACAUGAAUUUGGGAAUGCACAAAAUAAUUUAGCUCACCAACCUUGUGAGAAAGCUUCUUCAAACAAGACCGUAGAGCGUUCACUGGGAGGAAAAUCAGAUCCUUCUGUGCUUGGUGGUGAGAGGCACAGCAUGAUGACUAGUUGUGGUACCAGUAAUAGGGAUAAAAUCAAGGCUGGAUCUUUAACAAAGAAUCUGGAAAAUGGCACCUCAUGCUCAAGAAAUGGAAGUCUAGAACAUGCUGACAUCCAAUCUAAUGAUGCUGUCAAUAGGAAUGACAAUGAUAAACAAGAACGUAAUCAAGGUUGUUCAAUGGAUACAGGUAGUGGUAGAAAGUUGAAUACACAGAAUGAUGUGAUGACGGACUCUGGGAAUUCAGAGGGCUUAAUAGAUGUUAAUGUUUGUGAUAUAUGUGGAGAUGUUGGAAGGGAAUAUCUUCUGGCUACAUGCACUAGGUGCCUUGAAGGGGCAGAGCAUACUUAUUGCAUGCGAGUGAAGUUAGAGAAAGUUCCAGAUGGUGAAUGGUUAUGCGAAGAAUGCUGUCUUAAAGAAGAUGAAAACCAAACAAGAAGCAACGGUGGCACAUCAAGGAAUAAGGUUUUGGACGGGAAGAACCAAAAUUCAGAAAGUACAAACAACUCUAAGACAUUGAAGGUUGUUGUGACUGAUUUGGACAGUCAACAAAUCACUUGUGGCACUCCAGUAAAUGAUCCCUUGGCUGGUAGCAAUCAAAAGUUGCAUCUUGCGUCAUCUGAUCUGGAAGCACGGCAAGUGAAGUGUGCCACCCCAACUGCUGAAAGACUGGAUGUGAAGAACAAAAAUUCAGGAAUUAUGGGAAAUCGCAAGAAGUUGCAAGUUGUUACAUCUAGCUUGGAAGCACGACAAUCCUCUUGUAGGACACCAACGUCUGGAAGCUUGGAUAAGAAGAAUCAAAGCUUAGACAAGAGGAGUCAAAGUUCAGAAGUGUUGUUAAAACGUAAGAAGUUGCGAGUUGCCACUGAUAUGGAAUCACCUCUAUCAAAUGAUGGUGUACGGAGUCCACCUAAAUCAUGCAAGAGAUAUGCAGAAAAUACUUUAUCCUCUACUCCCAGGCUCCUGAAGGCGGACAGCCCUAGGAAUCAUGAUGUGUUCUCCAGGGAGAACUCAUUUAAAAGCUCUAACAAAGGAAGUAUAAAGUCGCCUGAUAAUGCUCCAAUGAGGUCUCAAGCAGUUAAUAGUUCCGUGACCUUACCUCGGUCAUAUUCCUUGGGGAACUUGGCAAAUGUUAAAACACCAGGUCCUUCACCACGAGGCCUUUUAUCAAAGCAACCAUCUUUCAACAACUCCAGUAAUGAACCAAAGGUCAAGCAAUUAGCUGAACCUGUGUUGAGCAAGUUGAAGCCUUCAAAACAUUCACCAAGAGAUCCUAGAGAGUCCAUCCGGAAAGUUAUGAAAUCUGGGCCUCUUAAGCAUGAGGCUUCAAUUUGCAAAGGCUCAAGUUCAUCAAAGCAAAAGCAAUCAGUUCAUUCAUCUCAAAAUGAACAACCGAGAAUAUUGAAGCCCGUGAAACCAACAAUUUUGUUAGAAAGGGGGGCUUCAUUUAAUCUUCAAAAACCAAACAUUUCUUCAUCUCCAAGGCCUGAUAGUUCAAUAAAAUCAGGGGAUCCAAGAAAUGACCAAGACAGCCCGAGGCCUGGACCAAGCAUACUUAAAAGUAGCAAAAAACCAGGAAUUGUUGAAAAUAAGCAUAGCUCCAUUUUAUCUAAAAGUGAUGAGCAAGGGAUUACUUCAACAGGAGUUGUUUGUUCUAAAGACACCUGUGUGGUGAAGGCAUCAGAUCCACUAAUCCCAAUGGAUAAAAUAAAAAAUGAUAGCACAGAUGGUGCAUGUGAAAGUCCACUAAUUUUGGUGAAUAACGAUAAUGAAAUGUCAACUAAACCUGAGGUGCUUUCCAUUCCACGUGCUUCAAAGACUUGUGGAUCUGAUUUCCAAGAUAUUGCGCCAACAAGUUCCUCAGAAGAUUUGCCUCCAGAAGAGGUACAGUAUGAACAGAAAGUUGUGGAAAGUGAUGGGAACAUCUCCUGUAAAAGUGCAGCGGCGAUUCAGGCUUCCGAAGACCUUUUGCCGGAGAGCCCACAAGGCUGUCUAGUGGCACAAAAUCCGUACAGCCCUGACACUAAAUCGAAUGACCUGAACUUAAAGCAGCAAGCUUUGGUUGAUCAAUCUUCUACUGUUGGAAGUUCUUUGGGGGCUUUAGUUAUUCCAGAGCAGUCUUACAUCUGGCAAGGUACCUUUGAGGUUUCAAGACCUGGAAGCUCUCCUGAAAUGUACGAUGGGUUUCAGGCUCACUUAUCUACCUGUGCAUCGCUGAAAGUACUUGAAAUAGUGAAACAAUUACCUCAGAGAAUUCAGUUGGUAGAAGUUCCACGGCAUUCCUCAUGGCCACUGCAAUUUAAGGAAGUAAAGCCGAAUGAAGAUAACAUUGCUCUUUAUUUCUUUGCUAAAGAUGUUGAAAGUUAUGAAAGAGCAUAUGGGAAACUGUUGGAAAACAUGCUUGCUGGAGAUUUGUCCCUCACAGCAAAUAUUUGUGGCAUUGAACUUCUCAUUUUUACGUCUGAUAAGCUGCCUGAGAGGACUCAACGGUGGAAUGGCUUACUUUUCUUUUGGGGUGUCCUUUAUGCCAGAAAGGCAAGUAGUUCAACUGAGCUGCUUGUCAAAGGGAUGAAUCAUAGUCCAUUAGAACAAAUUAAUGGACCUGUUAAUCAACUUGUCUGUUCCCCUAAGAUGCCUCAGUCUUUGGGCAUAGAUUUGAAUGAGUGCCCUGUUGAUGAAUUGUAUGAUCCAGCUGUAUCAGUUCAAACGGAGAUGGAGAAUCGUGGUGCAUCUGUAAACCAUGAGACUUUGUUGAGGUCCAACCAUGAGGCUGAAAGGCUGAAUUUAUGUGAAAUACAUUUCCCAGAAACUGCAGGGACUGGGAAAAUUUUGUUAGGAACUCCUACUGCAGUUCCCUAUGGAGUUCAUGUUCACACAAGUUCAAAACGUGAAUGCCUCAACAUUAAACCAGAAUAUCCAAGUGAUAUAAUAGGUAGCGAAGGAACAGCGGGCAGGGACAACAUGGAGGAGGAAGAGAGCUUUACCAAGAAUGGAGUUCCAUGCUUUACUAAGCAGCAUACAGGUGCAACCACCAGAUCAGUAUCUGAUGAGAUAUUGGCAAAUACACAGGCACGCGUAUCCUUUCAAGAAGUAUCCCCACAGCAUUCUGUCAGGCCAAAGCUUUCUGAUGAUCCAAGUGAUUCAGUUUUAAAGGACUUUGUUUUGCCUGAUUCUAGUUCCAUCUACAAACGGCAAAAGACCUCUGAGGGAAAAUACUCUACUUGCAGUUUUGGAGAUGGUCAACUGACUAGCAAAUGCUUGUCCAAGAUACCCUUGCCAGCUGAUCAGCAUACUUCAUUAGAUGAUGUGCAAUAUAUUGGUAGGGUUCCAGCAGAUCCCUGUUCUCCAACUAAACCAAUCUUGGAUCAUGUGAUCCAUGUCCUAUCUUCAGAUGAUGAAGACUCCCCAGAACCUCGUAAUAAUCUGAAUAAGACAUCACUGAAGGAAGAAGAGGGCCCUUCUCCUCUACUGUCACUGUCCCUUUCUAUGGCCUCAAAGAAGCAUAAUCUUACCGGUUCUGAUACAGGAGAUGAUGGACCGCUGUCUCUGUCUCUUGGGCUCCCUGGUGUAGUGACUAGCAACCAGGCUCUUGAGAUGAAGCAGUUUCUGCCAGAGAAACCUGGCAUGAACACUUCAUUGCUUCUCUAGAUAUUUGAGUGUACAGUUUUGUGCUGUGUUUUACUUUAUGGGGUUUAGACAGGGUAGUAGUAUGGUAUAGCUGUUAAAUUAUGGAAACCUUUGGUUUAUUUCACUGUUCUAUGCAUCUGGUUGUUGCUAGAGAUGCUGGUCUGGUGAUGGUAUUAGGCUUCUGCAUUUUGUGUGAUUAUGGUGUUUUAGUUCCCAAACGAACUGGUAUGACAUAAAGGAUAGAUCAGAAUGUGAAGUUUGAUAAAUGCAAGUUUUUUCCAUGCUUAAAUUGGCACUUCCUCUAGCAGGGAAAUCCUUAAGAAUAACCGAAUCAGCAUAUCUGUUCAAUCAUCUCAACAAAUGUACACAUCUACUAGUCUCUCAUCGAUAACAGAUUUAUUCAACUUAUUCGGUUACCAGUUCUGGUUU